GAUUCCGACUGAUACGAAACAAAAGGAGCAUUUCCGGCUAUUUUUCUUCGUUAUCAAUAACAUUUUAUCAUCGGGAAUAUUGGAGCCAAUGUGUCUUCCCGACAUGUCGGAAGCGUGUGAUAGAGUGAAGCUUUCAAGAGUCCCUAAAACUGUACGAUUUCGCCAAAAAUAAGCGAUUUAACAAUGAAGAUUAAAAGAGGAAUCCUUUUAAUGGAGAGAGCACACUUGUAACCAACUGCGCACGAGCGAAAUUCGAGGCGCCCUUUCGCAUGACAAAAUCCAAGUGGAAAAUAAUUACGUUAAGAUGUGUGAAUUGUUUGCAACAGCCAGGAAUUAAAAAGGUAAAAAAACAGGCCCGGAAUCGCAGAAAGACACAGCCAGGCGUCGGAUUUCAAGAAAAAUACUAUUGUGUAAUGUAAACAUUUCUGGCAAUCUUCAUUGUCGAUACAAGCCAGUGAUUAAUGUCAACUGCGUAUCUACUGACUCACUGUCGAACAAACUUGGCCCACGAGGUGUUUCUGACUAAAUUUAGUCUUAAAUCUUAAAGGUGUGCUGUAUGUACUUCAAGAGAGCUCGGCUUUAAUCACGAUUUCCGCCUCGUCGUAGACUGUUUGGAUCAAUCUGAUAACGGCGGCUUGAGACGAGUUGUUUAAUUACCCGAGUUGAGGGAAAUUUUAGCUGUGACAGCGGAGGCGCCGAUUGCAGCGACUGAUAAAUUUAAGCAUUCCUGUAAAUGCCUAUAACCACAGCCUGCAAUGAAAUAGUCAGUCUUUACUGGCGAGGAGUUCGUUGUUAAGCUUUUAGAGGUGUAUUUGGCGCAAUUGUGUGGACCAAAUUGUAUCUUCACAAGAUUUAAUCAAAUAACAAACAGGCAACUGAAUUGGACGAUGGCGCAUGAAUUUCAUAUUUCAUCGAAUGACUCUGUUCCUGAAGAGAUGCCCGCCGAGAGUUUUUACUCGGACAGUCUUCCAGUUCAUGCAAUUCUACAGUUAGUCAUCUUCACAAUUAUAUUCAUGGUUGGAUUCUUCGGUAAUUCCAUUGUGAUAUACGGAGUUCUUCAACAGGGUUCAUCUAAGACAACAAGCAGUUGUUUUAUUGCGAACUUGGCCCUGAGCGACCUGGCUGUGCUGGUUCUAAGUUUACCCGUCGGUCUGUUGCAAGAACUUGCAUCUUGGCCGUUUGGCGAACUUGCUUGUAAGAUUUUCUUUCCAUUUGGCGAUGUGUUUUUGACCGUUUCCAUCAUGACCUUGACAGCAAUCGCCUUGGAUCGCUACCGAGCAGUUGUUACGCCGUUCAAAGCGCGUUUCACGAAAACACAAGCAAAAAUCUGCAUUUUGUUCAUUUGGAUCUUUAGCUAUCUUGUCGUAGGAAUUCCCACGUCUUUCAUUCUUAAACUUGUCGAAAUAGAAAACGGCGUAAAAGUUUGUUUUCCUUUCUGGAGGAGUAACAUGGAACGGAUAAUUCACAAAGUGCUAACGGCGUGUCUGGCUACAUUUCCACUGUUUCUUAUCGGGUACUGUUAUAUCAGAGUUGUUUUGGCGUUGUGGAAAGUAAGAAUAAUACAUGAUAACCGCAAUACGGCCAAGAACUCCAUCACAGUCAUGCGACUCGAGCAGAAGCGAAAACUCGUUAAAAUGUUAAUCGUUAUUGUGUUUGCCUUUAGCUUGUGUUUACUACCGUAUGUAACAUUUGCACUCGUUUUGGAGUUUACGGGAAUGGAGCGAACUUCCGAUGUGAACGUUGGCUUGGUAACAUGUCUUUCCCUUCUUUAUGCAAAUAGUGCUAUAAAUCCAUUAAUUUUAUGCACAAUGAGUAAAGAUUACAGGGUUGGACUGAGGCCCUGCGGAUGUUGAAGUUCUUCUUUUCCGCCAAUGAUUGAUAACGCUUUACUCUGGAGACUCUUUUAAACGAGUUUACUUUUUUUGUAGUCUAAAUGAUUACCAUUUAGGCAUUCAAUAUGUGUCGCAAAGUGUUGUAAGUUAUUCCUUCACAUGUUAUAAGAUUGUGCAACAAGACAUCUCGAGUUGUAGAUCUUAAAGGUUUUGACGCUUUUUAUUUCGAUUGAUGUACAUAUUGUUUGAGGUGUAGUAACAAUUACAGUUUCGAUUAAAACGCUACGA